UGCUCGAAACUAAAUAGGCAAAAUCUCAGCUCACGCGUGCCCUAUUGUUUUGUGUGUGUGGUGUUUUGCGCACACACAAUCACACUCACACUCACACACACGCUCUCUCUCUCUCUCUCUCUCUCUCUCUCUCUCUCUCUCUUUGUCAACUCAGUAUCUGUAAUACUAGCAUUACUAUAUACCCCACUCUUAUAAUUGCUCCUUCUCCCCCACCUUCCCCGACCCAUAAACCAGCAACAUACCAGUCAAACCAUAAAAGCCCAGAAAACACCCACCCCUUUCACGUCCCGGUACAAACCUUACUAAUAGAUGAGCUCAUCGCAGUCCAACAGUCCCCCUCCUCCCCCCUUGCCGACCACCUUGAGUGCGCCGAACAAAACUCUCGCGUCAACAAAACCAUCAAGACGUCCAUCCACAUUUUCAAAUUCGCCAGUGUCUCCCAAUUCACCUUUAGCCCGAUCACCCACGUCGCCACUUACUCGGACUCUUUCAAGUGACCUGCCUGAUACAACCACCUUCUCUCAGCUUUCUCCGCCUCUUCACCACCACUACCACAACAACAACCAGCAGCAGCAACAGCAACAGCAGCAUUUACAACACCAACACCAACAACCGAUCGCUACAACUACCGCCAACUCCAUCAAGCAAACGAUUGCUUCAACUACCUCAUCGUUCCUGAGACGACCUUCCGAAACAUUAUUCAACCCAGCUCAAACAGUGGCACUCAAAACCUUAGCAUCGCCUGUACCUCUCAAUCCAAACGAUCCUUCAUUUUGGACAACACUCUUAAGAACCACCAAGUUUCUGCCAACACUUUCACCGAACGACACAUACGAUCUGGAAAUGGCUACUGUUAGCUUAUCUAUUGAAUUAGGUAUGACAUGACUCGCUUUACCAAACUGCAAAAAAGAAGAAAUCCCUUGAUUAAAAGGAUAUUACUAUGUAUUAGCUGCCAAUAACGUUCGAACACGAAAUUUUAACAAGCUCGUGCUUCAUUUGCUCAGUCAAAUUCAACAUAUUAAAGAGACCAAGCCAGAGUAAGAUACCAUCACCAUUACGGAGAGGAUUGCGAGACAGUAAAAGAGAAGGCUUGAGGAAGUUGCCAAGGGAAACCAAAGAGUCGAUCCCG